AGCUCUGCAGAGGGCACCGUCUGUUUUAAUUACAGCAGACAUGGAGGUGAUAUUUGGUAGAAAUAUAGAAGAGCACCCAGAGCCCAUUAAAGCAAAGGUGAAAGGGGAGAUACCAAACUGGCUGCAGGGGAUUCUUCUUCGCAAUGGUCCAGGCAUGCAUACAGUGGGAGAAACUCGCUAUAACCACUGGUUUGAUGGUUUGGCUCUCAUACAUAGUUUUGCAUUUAAAAAUGGUGAAGUUUACUAUAGGAGUAAGUACCUGCGCAGUGACACAUACAACAGCAAUAUAGAAGCCAACAGGAUUGUGGUAUCAGAGUUUGGAACUAUGGCUUACCCUGAUCCAUGCAAGAACAUAUUUGCCAAAGCAUUCUGCUAUUUGUCCCACAUCAUUCCUGAGUUCACAGACAACUGCCUGAUCAAUAUUAUGAAAACUGGAGAUGAAUUUUAUGCUACAAGUGAAACUAACUUCAUUAGAAAAAUUAAUCCUCAGACACUGGAGACACUAGAGAAGGUUGAUUACACUAAGUAUGUAGCUGUCAAUCUGGCAACCGCUCAUCCCCAUUACGACAGUGCUGGAAAUGUUCUCAACAUGGGCACAUCCAUAGUUGGCAAAGGGAAGACAAAAUAUGUUGUAUUUAAGAUUCCUUCCUCAGUGCCAGAGGGAGAAAAGAAGAAAUCUUGUCUGAAGCACCUGGAGGUGAUGUGCUCAGUUCCUUCCCGUUCUCUCCUUCACCCAAGCUACUAUCACAGCUUUGGAGUCACAGAAAACUACAUUGUCUUCAUAGAGCAGCCAUUCAAAUUGGAUAUUCCCAAGCUGGCAACAGCCUACUUCAGAGGUGUCAACUGGGCUUCCUGCCUUUCCUUCCAUAAGGAUGAGAAGACCUGGUUUCACUUCAUAGACAAAAAGACCAAAAAAGAUAUCUCCACCACGUUUUACACUGAUGCCAUGGUCCUUUUUCACCACGUGAAUGCCUACGAGGAGGACGGCCAGAUCAUUUUUGAUGUCAUUUGCUAUGCAGAUAGCAGCCUGUAUGAAAUGUUCUAUUUAAAAUACCUGAAUGCAGAGUUUGAAGAAAACACCAAACACUUUUCCCUACCAGCCUGCAAGCGAUUUGUGGUUCCUCUGCAAUGGGGCAAGGAUGCAGAAAUAGGUUCUAAUUUAGUCAGACUUCCAUCAACUACUGCAACAGCCCUGAAAGAAAAUGAUGGUAGCAUCUACUGUCAACCUGAAACGAUAUAUGAAGGAAUAGAGCUGCCUCGCAUCAAUUACGACUAUAAUGGCAAAAAAUACAGAUACAUCUUUGCUGCAGGAGUUCAGUGGAGUCCUGUUCCCACACAGAUAGUAAAAGUGGAUGUACUGACAAAGAAAUCCCUGACCUGGAGGGAGGAGCACUGCUGGCCAGCUGAACCUACCUUUGUCCCUUAUCCUCAUGCAAAAGAAGAGGAUGAUGGUAUUAUUUUAUCCUGCAUUGUGACAUCAGAUCCCAGGAAAGCACCGUUUCUGCUCAUCUUGGAUGCUAAAACUUUCACAGAGGUGGCUCGGGCCACAGUAGAUGUAGAACUGCAUCUGGACCUACAUGGCAUGUUUGUACCCGAGAAGGAUUUGAAGACCCAGGAAGACUGAAAACACUGUCAUUUCAUUAGUUGGACAUCCAAAUGAGACAGCCCACGUACAGAACCUCGGGAAAUCCCUCUUUUGUCAUGUGGGAAGGACCAUUAUAUUAUGACCAAGUUCUUCCAUAAAGUAACUUUUCACUACAAAUAAUAGAGAUGGGCACAAUAGAGUGGCAAAUAACUACUAGAAGUCAACAUAUAAAUAGGACAAACUCCAAAUAUUUCUCUUGCUCUCCCCACCUCAGAAGUUGCGUGCAGUUUUGUGGAGCGUCCUGUUUCUGUCCAUAUAUCAUACGAACUAACUCAUACACAACGAAUGUUUGAGCAAGCAGCAGUAGUGUACUUACAGUGCUGUACAGCAGAGGUGCUCAACCCCCAUCCAAUGGUCAGAUCUGUCCCGCAGAGCCAUGUAAUGCAGCCUACAGGUCUCCCCACAAAUCAGGAAAUUUGGCAGUGGGGGAGUGGUGGCAAUUAACACUGCCAUCACUCCCCCGCUGCCAGAUUUCCAAGCCCCACAUGAAUGGAUCAGCCCUGGUCAGGCCAACCUCACAUGGUGGGAUCAGGCCCCGUCUCCAUGUGGUUGGAUCAAGCCAGGGCCUGAUGUAGCCACAUGGGAACAGCCCAGUCAGGGUUCAGUAGAGCUGGCCAGGAACAGGCCUUGGCUGGGCUGUUCCCAUGCAGCUGCAUUGAGUCUUGGUUGUGCCCACAGACUGGAUCUGGUUGAUGGACAGACCUGGCACUGCUCAUCUGGCCUGUGGGCUGAAAAGAUUGGGUACCACUGGUGUACAGUGUGACUUUUGGGUUUUGCAACACACACAGAUUGCUUCAGGACUGCGUAGGAUGGUCAAAAGUCUCCCCUGUCAGAAAUCUUGACAUUUGUCUAUUUGCCAUGAAUCAUUUGUGCCAUCACUUUAUUGAAGGACCCUUGUGAUCAAAAUGAAACAUUCAACUGAGCUGCUGCAGCUUUCUAAUCAAAAGCCCUGGGAAUUUCACUUUAUUCAUCAUCUUGUAACAUUUAAAAGGUUGGGGGUAUUUUCUCCCUUUUUGCAAUGAAGACUGCAGCCAGAUGAACUUACUGCAAAUCUAACAUGUUUUUGUAUCACAUUUAACUAUUCUAAUGGUUUUCAGUUUUAACUUUACCAGCCUUUGAUCUGCAUUUUCCCUUUAAUUGCAUUGUCUCAAAGAUUGUUGUUGGGCUCUUUACAUAUAGUGUCAGUGUGCAUGCUGGUGGGAAUAGGUAUGAUACGAGCAGAGAUCAGAUGCUGAAGUUUAACAAGUUACAUGUUUUAGAGUAUCAAACCUAACUUAGGCCCUAUCUGAACUAAAGAAAACCUAUAUUUUCUGUCACUGUUGUAUUUAGGUGUUUGUACUGUGAUCUGCUUAGGAACAUGCAGAGUCUGGUUUGUGGUUCCUGUUUUGGAAGGGAUAGACAUUUGCUAAUGUCCCUUAAAAUUCAGCAUCAUUCAUACUUGCAACUUUAAAGAAGAUUUAGAAUACUGGUGCCCCAGAGCAUGGGCAUGUGUGGUUAGUUUGUUAUGUGAAUGGGCCCCAGAAAUUUUUCUAAACUUGAGAAUUAUUUUCUUUAAGAAGUGUGACUGUAAGAUGGAUAGUAAGAUGGCUGGAUCAUCGGGCUCAAUGCGUCGAGGUCUAGUUGGUGCUCACACUGGAUAUAUGACCCAGAUACCCUGUUCCAGGCAAACCCAAACCCCCAGACCAACCAUGACCUUUCCAUUCAAUAAUAGGCACAUUUUAUUGAUACACAAUGUUAACAAAAAAGAAUAAUA